UUUAAUUUCAUUUCGUUUUCUUUCUUUUCUCACAGACACACACCCAAAAUAUCAAUCCCAUUUGAAUAAAUAUGGCGGUGGGUGUUCUUGCUUUACAAGGUUCUUUCAAUGAACACAUCGCCGCGUUAAGGAGGAUUGGGGUGAAAGGUGUGGAGAUACGGAAAGCUGAACAGCUCGAGAAUAUUACUUCUCUCAUUAUCCCUGGUGGCGAAAGCACUACUAUGGCUAAGCUUGCUGAGUUGCACAAUCUGUUUCCCGCGCUUCGUGAGUUCGUAAAAAUGGGAAAACCAGUUUGGGGAACAUGUGCUGGUCUUAUAUUCUUGGCAAACAAAGCAACUGGACAGAAAACCGGAGGACAGGAGCUUGUUGGAGGGCUUGAUUGUACAGUCCAUCGUAAUUUCUUUGGUAGUCAGAUUCAGAGCUUUGAGGCCGAGAUUCCUGUACCAGAUCUUGCUUCUAAAGAAGGGGGGCCACCAAGUUUUCGUGCUGUUUUUAUUCGUGCUCCUGCAAUCCUUGAAGUGGGACCAGAUGUGGAAGUGCUGGCUUCUAUUUCUAUCCAGUCAACCAAAACAGUUGAUGCCGAUUCUUCUCUUCAAGAGGGGAUUAUUGAGUCCGACAGCAAAGUAAUUGUAGCUGUGAAGCAGGGCAAUCUACUAGCAACUGCAUUUCAUCCUGAAUUGACUAUUGACUCUCGAUGGCAUAGUUACUUUAUGAAAAUGACAUCUAGCAACAAUCAAAUAGUAACAGUAGCGAGUAGCAGCAGCAACUCAUUUGAAGAUCAAGAAAGCUACUUGUACAACAAACAACCAAAAACCGACCUUCCUAUCUACGAGUAGCCGCAAAAUUCCAUCAAUAUAGGAGACCAAUUCUUUAAGAAUCAUUUGCAGGUGGCUGAAACUUAUGAAGAUGAAAUGAUCCCCUCUAGUGCCUGGUAAUUUCAACUUGUUUUGUAUAUAUAACAAUGGAAAUUGGUUCAUAUUUGCUGUAUUUUUUAUAACCAAAUCUUUUGAAUUCUCAUCAUCUAUAAAGACAUUGGGUACUAGUUUCAGUGAA